AUGACUUGCCGAUCGCAGCUUAGGCUCUACAGCAAACUACCAGUAUUACAAAAUGCAGUAGUCACAUUAUCAUUUGAUGAUGCCACGAAUAGUACUUUGGAGGAACUUCACGAAGCAUUACCCCCAUGGCUCCGAAUGCCAUCCCACGAAGUUAAACUCUUUGACAUCAUACUAGACCAUAACUCACCGGAAAUACAAGCCCAGAGGGUACAAAAUAUUGCCAAGAAUAUGGUAAAAUUCGACAUUAGCGAGGUUAAUUCAAGACUAGAAUGCCCCAAUUUCCUGAUUCGCGUCACCAGAAGAACGGAUUGGAAUAGGUACUAUGACAAUCUGUACGAGCAAUUUAAACGAUCUCUACUAGUCCCAAGUAACCAUUUACCACGCGGGCCCGAUAUUGAGUUUCUAUGCAAUAUUGCGGAACAUGAUAAAGUUGAAUUCAGUACGAGACUCGAGCGACAAUUUCCUCGCGGCAUAAACUUUGGUGCUGUGAAAAUGUUGAACAUAUACAAGGACCAUGAUGGAAAGAGACAAAAAAGCAGCUUUUAUGUUGGUGCCAAGAGAAGCAUUCUUGACGAUUCAAAUCCCUUUGCGUGGGGGCUACCUAUCCCAAUUCCAAUCCCGACUGGCGCUAUUGGUGGAGCUGCUGCUGGUUCUGCCAUGGAAGGGAGUCUCGAGGGAUCUUCAAAAGUUAUCGAUGAAGGGACUGGUGACGGUAGUGGGGAUGGUGGGGAUGGAGGUGGAAGUGUAGUUGAAGGUAUUUCUGAUGGUUUUGAUAUUACCGAUAUUUUUUGA